UGCAUGAACGAUGCCAAACGCGGAGCCAUAUUAACAUCUUACAUUAAAAACUGUGGAAUUAAUGCAGCUUUUGAACAGAUGUGAAAUCGUGCUAACUCGUUUACUUAUAUUUCUAGCUUAUUUUUAGUGCAUGUGUGAAACUUUUUAAGGACAAAUACAGUACCAGAAUUGAUGGAAUCAUGAGGGCACAUUUACUGGAUCCGGGAUUUUGCAGAUUCAAGUGUGCCAGUAUUUUAAUCACUUUGUUUAUCAUUUCUUUUGAGAUCGUGAAUUCUGCUAUUUUUCAUGGACAAGUUGAGGAAAACGCGCCGGCUGGAACACUAGUCGCUGGAUUUCUUUUACCAUUGGGAAACGAAUGCAAAGAUUCAAAGUUGGCAGAACAAACCCCGACUUUGACAGGCGAGAACUCGUCGGAUUUUUCACUUGAAUAUCUGGAAAACACAGGAUUCGUUUUGAAAACCACCAAAACUUUUAACGAAGAAUCGAGCUACAUACUGAGCGCGCGCCUGUCGGGCUGCAAUAGCGCGAAUGAGAACGUGACUAUUUUAGUUGACGUAGUCCAUUUUAACGUUAAAAAUGAAAUAAAAGAAGCACUUAACCGAAGUAGGAAGACAAGAGCCGUCUCUGAAGAAUUAUCCUACACCGUCACAGUGUCUGAAAACGUGAAAGCAGGAGACUUGAUCUUUACGGUACCGGAGCAGAGGUUUGAGAAGAAGUGGUUCGAGGUGCUUUCACAGGGAAACUCGCCGGUUCAGAUAGAGAGAGAGUCGGGGCGCGUGUACCUAGCGCACCGUUUGGUGUCAACCGCCGAGGUCACGGUUAAAAUUCACAACAUGAGAGGUGAAGAAUGGUACCUUUGCAGACUGACUCUGACUCCUCCCAACCUCUCGGAUCUACAGUGGGCCAUGUUCCCAUUCCCUUACCUGGCAGCUGUGGGUCCAGACACCGGUCCUGGAUCUGUGGUCUACAAGCUUGUGGCCCGAAGUAGCGAUGGUUCAAUGGGAUCAGCUCACUUCUUAUUGGUCGAUGGUGGGGAGAAUUCAUUCGAGGUGGACCGAACCACAGGAGAGGUAAAGACCACCGGGCGACCCCUUACCCCCAGUAAGGAGUACACGCUGACCAUCCAGGCCGUGGAUUCACGGGGCAGGAAGGGCCCGCAUGCCUCUCUCUUCAUAUUGGCGGGCUACCGGCCCCCUCAGUUCACCAACACCACCUACACGAUCUAUGUCCCAGAAGGCACCGGGGUGGGCCAAACGGUGGCAUUGGUCCAGGCAAUCUCAUUCCAGAGAAAGACUCUGUCAUAUAUGCUGUUGGUGAACCCGAGCAACCUCUUCAGCAUAAACCAGGAGAGUGGAGCCCUCAGCCUAACACGCACUGUGGACUAUGAGAGCGGGCAACACCUCCAUCACCUGCAAGUCAGAGCCGCCGAACCAGACACGGGGCUAAGCAACGUGGCAGAGGUAGUGGUACACAUCACAGAUGAAAACGACUGCACACCAGAGUUUAUGCACUCCAUUUACAGUCGAGACAAUGUCCCUGAGACCACACCUCCUGGUACCUCUUUGCUACAGGUUCUGGCGAGGGACUGUGAUACCGGCCAGAAUGCUGAACUUUCUUACUUCAUCCAGAGUGUUGACUUUGACAUCUCAUCUCAUGGAGUGGUGAGCCCCAGUCAUAGACUGGAUUACGAAAGACCCAACCACAUGUACGAGUGCGUGGUGGUGGCCGUGGACAAGGGAAUGCCCCCUCGGACUGGCACUGCCUCCAUCCGCAUACGCAUGGCCAAUGUCAAUGAUGAAGCUCCUGUAUUCUCACAAACCAUCUAUAAAACCUUUCUUUCUGAAGAUGCCGGUCCUGAGACGCUAGUAGCCAUUGUGCACGCCAAGGACCCUGACGGAGAUGGUGUAACGUACGCAAUCACCGGCGGCAAUGAAGACAGUAACUUUGAGCUGGACAAUCAGAAGGGCAUCAUCAAACUGCGUCGCAGUCCUCCACCUAAACUGCGCGGACCUCAGUACGUACUUGACGUCACUGCAACCGAUGACAACACAGCUGGUGGACCGUUUCCUCUCAGCAGUUCCGCUCAGGUCAUCGUUGGCAUCAACGACAUCAACAAUAACAAGCCAGUGUUUGAUAAGUGCCAUAACUAUAGUGUGAAUGCGGUGGUUCUGGAGAAUCAGCCUGCUGGCACUUUCGUCCUGCACGUGCAGGCACACGACGCUGACACUGGAGUCAAUGGGGAGGUGAAGUAUGGGAUCAUGCAAAGGGACGGAGCCUCACCAGGGUUCACAAUCAACCCCGACACAGGUGUGAUCAGUACAUUGGUAAGUUUUGACCGGGAGAGACAGAGAGAGUAUACACUUUCAGUCACAGCUACAGAUCAAGCUCAGGAACCCCUCAUCGGCAUCUGCCAGAUCACCGUCCUCAUCGCUGACCAGAACGACAAUGACCCAAAGUUUGAGAACAGUCGCUAUCAAUACUUCCUGCGAGAAGACACGCCGGUGGGCACCAGUUUCCUGAGGGCGCCCGCUCAUGAUGACGAUCAGGGGACAAAUGCGGCCAUCACUUACUCUCUCUCCCAACAGAACCCGGCCUACUUUCAUAUUAACCCAAGCACAGGAUGGAUCUACGUCAACAAUCCAAUCUCACAGACCUCACGGAUCAGCCAGCAGAUCAUCGCUACAGACGGAGGGAAUCGGAGUAGCUCGGUCGACCUCACUGUCAUCAUCACCAACGUGCACAACCAGCCCCCGCAAUGGGAACAAGCAGAGUACUGGGUCACGAUCCCAGAGAACACGCCACGCGACACCAAGAUAGUGAUUGUAAAGGCAACCUCCCCUCUUGGUGACCCAAGGGUGACAUACAACCUGGAGGAAGGUCAGGUUCCUGAGACCAACAUGCCUGUGCGUUUUUAUAUCAAACCUAACAGAAGAGACGGAUCAGCCUCUAUCCUGGUGGCAGAGAAUCUGGAUUACGAGACCACGCGUUUCUUUACGCUCCGAGUGCGCGUUCAGAAUGUGGCGGCUGUACCUCUGGCUUCCUUCACCACUGUUUAUGUCAACAUCACAGAUGUGAAUGACAACGUUCCUUUCUUCAUGUCAUCCACAUACGAGGCAACGGUGCCAGAAGGAGCAGAGAUCGGCACAUCCGUGGCACAGGUCUCGGCUUCUGACUUGGACUCUGGUCUCCAUGGCAUGAUUAACUACAUCAUUCUAAAAGACCAAAGUGGCGACUCGCAGUUCUUCAGCAUUAAUUCAUACACGGGCAUCAUUCACACCAGGGCCACCUUUGACCGUGAGCAGAAAGGUUCCUAUUUGAUCGAGGUCCAGUCCCAGGACAGCUCAGAGUCAGCUCGACCCGGUCAGCAGGGUCAACCCAACACAGACACAGCUUACGUAAGGGUUUUCGUCACCGAUGUAAACGACAACGCUCCAGCGUUCUCUCAGUCCGUCUACGAGAUCAGUGUGGAGGAAGACAAGGAAGUGGGCUUUGUGGUCAUCACGGUUACAGCCAAUGACGAGGACGAGGGUGCCAAUGCCAAACUACGCUACCAGAUUACCUCCGGGAACACCAUGGGUGCCUUCGAUGUGGAGCCGGAGGUCGGCACCAUCUUCAUUGCCCAACGUCUGGAUUACGAGCAGGUGCAGAGGUACGAGUUACGGUUGGUUGCGUCGGAUGGAAAAUGGGAAAACCAGACGAUGGUUCUCAUCAAUGUGGUCAACCAGAACGAUGAGGCGCCUAUUUUCACUCAGACCGAAUACCAAGCCAGUGUCACAGAGGAGUUCACAGAGCUUCCUGUCCUUGUGCUUGAGGUCUCCGCCACGGAUCCAGAUCAAGAGGCAGAUCAGAGUGCAGUGCGGUAUUCUCUACAUGGACAGGGUGCCGGUAGCGAAUUUACUAUAGACGAGCUGAACGGAAGGAUCUACGCCCAACGCCGUUUAGACCGCGAAGUUCGUUCGGCAUGGCAGUUCCUCGUACUGGCCACUGAUGAGAAUGGGGUGGGACUAACGGGGUUUGCUGAUGUACUUGUAGACGUGCAGGAUAUCAAUGACAACGCACCUGUUUUCCUGUGUUCAACGGAUAACUGCUUUUUGGGUCACGUUCCCGAGAACUCACCAGCGGACACUUCUAUAAUGGAGAUGCGGGCCACCGACCUAGAUGAUCCAAAAGCUGGCAAGAACGCGAUCCUCACUUACAGAAUUGUGCAAAAUGUGCGCAACGAGAUAAACCUCAACCUUUUCUCCAUCAAUCCGGCCACAGGGACCAUUUAUACAGUUCUGCGCUCUUUGGAUAGGGAAGUGGUGGAUCGAUAUCUUGUCGUCGUGGAAGCUCGGGAUGGGGGAGGACUUUCGGGGACAGGAACAGCCACUAUUUUGGUUUCUGAUGUCAAUGAUCAUCCUCCAGUGUUCACCCAGAGGGUCUACAUGGCCUCCAUGCCAGAGAACUUAGAUAUCAAUAGCGAGGUUGUGGUAGUGGCUGCUACAGAUGGGGAUGAGGGUGAAAACUCAGUGAUGACAUUCAGCAUUAUUGGCGGAGAUGAAGACCGAAAGUUUUUUAUUGAAACAGACAAGGCGAACCGCCGUGGCGUGGUAAGGUUAAAGAAGAAGAUUGACUUUGAGAAACCACACGAGCGUACCUUCAAUCUGACAGUCAAAGUAGAAGAUGCUGACUUCUUUAGCCUGGCUUACUGCAUUAUCCAAGUGGAAGACUCUAAUGAUCACGCACCAGUCUUCUUCCCACAGUUUUACGAGGCUGGGUCCAUGUUCGAAGAUGUUCCUGUUGGCACCAUUGUGGCACAAGUGACAGCCACGGAUCUGGAUUCGGGUCAAAAUGGGAGGUUCACGUACAGCAUCGCGUCAGAAUCCGACCCCUUUCAGCAGUUCUUGGUGGAUAAGGGUGGUUGGGUCGUGGUGGCUGAUUCUCUGGACAGAGAGAAGGUGUCCCAGCACAGAAUCAUGGUUUUGGCCACAGACAUGGGCAGCCCUGCUCUGACCGGCUCUGCCAUCGUGUUGGUAACCGUGCAGGACGUCAACGAUAACGGACCCGAGUUCGAAGCUCCCUAUCGGCCAAUUGUGUGGGAGAACACGGCCGCACCGCAGAUCGUUCGUAUGAAUGACACUUCAGUUUUGUUGCAUGUCGUUGAUAAAGACACAUCGUCCAACGGAGGGCCUUUUUCUAUUCGUCUAUUGAUGCUGACCUCUGAUGUUACGAAUUUCAAUUUGACUGACUUGCGAAACGGUAGCGCCAAGAUAACCGCUCUUCGCACUUUUGACCGGGAAAAGCAAAAACAGUAUCUUCUUCCCAUACUGAUGAUUGACAGCGGCUCUCCGCCAAUGAGUUCCACGAGUACACUUACUGUCAUCAUCGGAGACAAGAAUGACCAUCCACAUGCACCUGGACACAGCGAGUUCAUAGUGUACAGUGUACAAGGUACGCUCCCCACCACGGUGCUUGGACAGGUUCAAUCCCCUGACCUUGACGAUUGGAGCGAAAAGACGUACAAGUUCGAAGGCAAACCCCCCAGGCAGUUCAGUGUGAAUUCAAACACGGGUCAGUUGAGCAUCAGAGAGGGUACACCGGCUGGACUCUACAGUCUGCAGGUGAGGGUGGCAGAUAAGAGCUGGCCUGAUGUCACCUCAUCAGCUGAAGUCACUGUGAUGGACCUGGAUGAGGAGGCGCUGAGAAAUGCCGCCUCUAUAAGACUAGCCAACCUGACUGCAAACGAUUUUUUCCGGGCAUCCGGUAAUGAGGAGAGCCGAUACGCACGACUCCGACGCCUCUUAUCUGAGCUCCUUCAGACAGACCUGGGAAACGUAGACAUCUUCAGCCUGGCCAACGGCAGCCAGUCGGCUCAGACCCACCUCAGCGUGUGGUUCGCCGCCCAUGGCUCACCGUACUACCGACCCGAGAAACUCCAUGGCUACAUGGCCAUGCACAAAGCUAAGUUGGAGUCGGCCCUGGGCGUGACCAUCCUACAAGUUGGGGUGGAUGAGUGCACCUAUGCAAGCUGCGGUCCGACCGAAGGCUGUUCAAGCAAAGUCGUGUUCAGCGACACCCCUACAACACUAAACAAUGGAAAUGUCUCUCUGGUAUCGGUCUCAGCAAAAGCAAGCGCUCACUGCGGCUGUCUCGCACGCGAGGCCGUCCGCCUGCAGUGUUCCUUAUACUCGCAUAACCCCUGUCUGAAUGGUGGCACCUGUGUUGACACUGAGCUGGGCUACAGGUGUAAGUGCCCCCCCAUGUUCGAUGGGCCAGAAUGCCAGCAAACCAAACACAGUUUCUUCGGCAACGGUUAUGCUUGGUUUCCUCCCAUAAGGCCUUGCUUUCAGAGCCACAUUUCUGUGGAGUUCAUCACCGAGGUGGCCAACGGCCUGUUGUUCUAUAAUGGCCCAAUGGGAGCAGCUCAGCCAGGAGAAAGAGAGGACUUCAUUGCAUUGGAGCUGAAGAAUGGAGUUCCCACACUAUGUGUGAAUCACGGCUCAGGGACUCUCACAUUGCAGCUGCCCGCAAGAGCCACUGUCACUGACCGCCGCUGGCAUCAUCUCGACAUCAUCAGCGACGGCAAGACAGUACAGAUGAUUCUGGACCAUUGCUCUGGGACUGCGCUGAAUGAGGUGGAAGGUCUGGGAGUGGAGAUGUUUGAGACGGAUCAGUCUUUGUGUAAGGCCUCUGGAGAGACUCCAGGCAGUGAGAGGUUUUUAGAUGUGUACCAACCUCUCCAGCUGGGCGGGGUUAAAGAGACCCACCCAUUCCGUAGGUCACACCCCCCUUACAAGGGCUUUGUGGGAUGCUUGAGAAACCUGGUCGUGGACAGUCAGGUGUAUGACCUCAGCAGCCCGGCAGAGAGCGAGAACAGCAAUCCGGGAUGUGCCCUAACCGACGGCGUGUGUUUGACCGCUGGAGGACCCUCGUGUGGUGUCCAUGGGAAGUGCAUGGGCGAAUGGGGUUCCUUUAGCUGCGACUGCCACCCUGGGUACAGUGGACACAAAUGUGACAAAGCACUGCCCGAGUGGUCCUUUGAAAAAGACAGCGUCCUGCGGUAUCAGCUGAGAGGUGGAGGAAGCCCACGCAAAACUCAAGCUCAAUUCCUGAUCAGAACACGCUCUUCUUCAGGCAUCCUGCUUAGCGUGUCCUCCCGCGACUCCAACGAGUUUAUUAUCCUGGAAAUAGCUGAUGGAUACCUCAGCGUCCGUAGUAAUUUGGGAGAUGGUGCUCAUUCUCUUAAACUCAAAGGCCAUCGUGUGAACCAUGGGCAGUGGGUCCUAGUCAGCCUCCAUCGCUAUGACAACAUCUUUACUUUGCAAUUGGAGCAGGGAGGAGGUUCACGAGAGGUCACAGGGGUCCUGGGACACAAGAAAGAAAUAGUGGUGCAUCCCUCCAGUUUGUAUAUAGGAAAUAGCGGCACUCCAAACGUCAAUGGAGACUUUCAAGGCUGUAUGCGGGACGUGAGACUAAACGGUCACUCUCUGCCGCUGGACGGUCAGGGCGCGGAGUUCAGUACGGUACUGGAGCGCCGCGGGGUCGUGCCCGGCUGUCACUCUGACGCCUGCAAUGCCAAACCCUGUCUGAGUCCACUAUACUGCGUGGACCUAUGGAGGAAACAUGAAUGCAGGUGUCCAGCCAAUCAGGUUGCGGUAAUGGAUGAGGUCACGGGUCUUUUGCAUUGUGCCCCCUCCCCCUGCGGUGCCACCACGUGCCGUAACGGUGGCACCUGUCUGGCACACAACACCAAGAGCUAUCAGUGCCGUUGUCCGGAAGGCUUCAGGGGCCAGUGGUGUGAAAUCGGCCAGGUUAAAUCUCUCCGCCUCGCCGCGCUCAGUCCGAGCUCCAUCCUGGCCAUCAGCAUGUGCCUCCUCGUCUUUUUUGCUGUGCUCGUGGCGGUGACCGUCUGGAAUCAGAAGGGCAGUAGGAAUAAGUUUCGCAAGCGCGGCGUUUACCACAUCCCGGCAGAGCACGAAAGUUGGGAGGACGUCCGAGAGAAUAUUCUCAACUACAAUGAGGAAGGUGGAGGAGAACAGGACCAGAACGCCUAUGACAUCACAGAGCUGAAGAGGCCGCUGUGCUCCAGUCUCUCUCAAUCAUCCUCCUGCACCACCGCACCCCUCAUCAAAUCCUCACAGGGCUCUCAAGAGGAAGUCCACCCCUGCGGGAACGUCGCGAGUGGAGCCGCCCUACCUUAUCAUCACAGUGACAACUGCCCCGCCCACUGCUCCAUGGACUUCAAGAGCUACGUGUCGCGCAUCAUCUGGGAGGCCGACAGCGACAGUGCGUCCAUCCCCCUGGACACCUAUCACGUGUACUGCAUCGAGGGGACGGGCUCCACCGCGGGCAGCCUUAGCUCACUGGGAUCAGCCAUCUCGGAGGAGGACUUCAGCUACGACUCCUUACGACGCUGGGGUACCAAGUUUGAAGGUCUGAGUGAACUUUAUCGCAGGCCGGAGCUGGCCAUCCCCUACAUGGACACUGUGCAAAGUCAGAACCAGGAACAGCAACAAUAACCGGUCUCCUUAUUUGUUUGUUAAUUAUUAUUUGUGGUACAUUCAUAAAGCUUUAAGGGUGAGGAGCAACCAGACUUAGAGAAUCGAUUUGCUUUAUUUAUUAAGUGAACUUUUAAAUGUACUUAUAUUUAUUUUUGCUCUGAGAUGAUCUUAAAACACGGAACAAAGCCAGCGAACCACCAUGUGUCCUGUCAUGGUAUACGUUCAGGUCCAACAUUUCACAACUAACAUGCAUUUCGGUAAAGACACGUAACUAAUGCUGCAUUGCAUUCAAUUCACAAAAUCAAAAUUUUCAUCCAUGGGUGAUUCUCACGAAAUCCAGACUUAGAAGGUGUCCAGCAUCAGAUUUUUUUAAAAGCCCUUGAAGCCAAUUUUUUUGCACAUAUAAGAUAAAGGUCUGAACUUACUAUAACCAUUAUUUUCAGAUUUAAAAAUAUUUUCUAUAGAAUUAUUUACAUUUUUUAGAUUAUCAUUAUAAAAAAUGAUCAUUACCGCAACAUUAUAUUACAUUAAAUAUAUGCAUUUACAAACUCAUGUUUCGGUAAUGAGUGCUAAAACGUUGUCUAGGUACUAUGACAAACAAAAUUUCAACUUUUAUCUGGAGAGAAAAAAUAAGAACUGCUUACCUGGUAGCCAUCUUGAGUGUCACAGUCAAUUAUGUCCCUUCCAACAAUUUUGUUUUUGCACAUAUAAGAUUAAGGUCUGAACUUACUAUACCCAUUAUUUUUAGAGGAUUUAAAAAAUAUUUCCUAUAGAAUUGUUUACAUUUUUUGUUUAUCAUUAUCAAAAAUUAUCAUUACCGCAACAUGAUAUUAUAUUAAAUAAUUGCAUUUACAAACUCAUGUUUUGGUAAUGAGAACUAAAAAGUUACUAUGAAAACCAAAAUUUCAACUUUUAGCCAUCUUGAGUGUCACAGUCAAUUAUGUCCUUUUCAUCAAUUUUUUAAAAUGUUAGUUCCUUGAGGGCUUAAACAAUGAUUAAAAAUUGUUGCGGAGGAUGAGAAAAUUGGUCUUGGACACAUUUAUAUUCCUUAUUUUGUCUCUACAUUUACCAAUGAUCACCAAAUACCACAUGUUUCUUUACUGUAAAUGUUUAUAGUAUAACAUGCUUAAAAUAAAAUAAAGCUUUUUAUUUUGUAGAUUUUUUAAUUAUAAAUAUUUCCAUGUCAAAGAACCCAAAUCCAGUCAUGGACAUGUUGCGGUAAUGAAAAUUUUCCCCUUAAAUGUGGAAAAAACAACAAAAUUAGUUUGUAUGAUGUUAUAUGAAAUCAAAUGCAAAAUAAUAUGCAAAACUUAAGUCUAAUUUCGCGAGAAUCACCCCUGUGCAUUCAUACAGACACAACCAGUCAGCAAAAAAUACAUUUUUCAAAUUAAUUAAUAGUAAAUGUUAGCAAAGACAGAUGUGUAAUACAAUAAACAAACACCUGUAAAGCAAACUGCAAUGUUUGCUAUUAAUUUGUAGCAUUUUAUUAUUUCAUCAAGCAAGAGAAACCCAUUAGGCUUAUAUGGAAGUCUGAGAUGUUAAAUAGGAAUAACUCACGUCCGACAUCAGAAUGGAUUGCAGCAUUAUUCCGAGCUGUUUACUGAUCCGGAUGUAACGUUUUGUAAAUCUACACCAAAACACUUCUGUUUUAAUGGAGCCAGCUGUACUGGUGAUAAAUGGACACUUCUGAAUUUUACCUCUGUAGCAUAAAUUUGCCAAAAGAGGGUUAUGAAGACACCUUAAGAUUUCAUAGGUGACUGAUGUGCCAAUAAAUCAAAAACCCGCUCAUGCAAAGAGUGCACAUGUUAUAUUACCUUCCAGUGGCAUUGAAUUUUUUCUGAAACUGAAUUUAUACUCGGGUAUAAAUCGGUGUUCUGUCAUAAAUGUUCAUUGCGUAGGCAUUUCUGGAGUUUUUCUUUCCUUUUUUCAUGUUUUAAUGUGAAAGACAUCGGUGUGUGAUGCCAAUAAUGGUGUGUUGAAACACAUUGACACUGUUUUCUUUGUCAUGGGUAACAUCGGAUGAAUGUAUUGUGUUAAAUCGGAAUGGCCGUGUUAAGACUUUACUGUUUUUUAAAUUUGAAAUAUGUCAAAGGUCGGCGCAAAAACAAUCACUAAAAAUGCUUAUAAAGUUUUUAAAUGGCAAUAUACUUACAAAAGAUCUGUAUAGAUAUAUUUUUAUUGUUAUGAAAUGAAGUAUAUUAGUCUGUUAAAUGUGCAGGCUAUAUUUUGUAAAAAAAAAAAAAAAAGUCCUAAGAGGUAUUUACCUCUCUAAUCUUUAACAAUUCAUGAUUAUAAAGUUGUGGAACAAAUUUGGGUUUCAACUGACCUGAGAGCAGCAGGCAAGGUCAGUUCAUGCAGCUUAUAAACAAGAUUAUGAGCUCAUUGCGACACAAAGCUUUAUGCUGAUUAUUAUUUUGGCUAAAUAGCCUUUGGCCAGGUCCUGUGAAUAAUGUACAUAAAUACUUUUCUAGUGACCCAACAUCCGAUAGUCCUUUUGUAUAUGAAUUUGAAUAAAUAAAAUGUUUCCUUGA